GGGGCGCAACCCGCGCGAGCGAUUGAACAUGGCGGAGGACGCUGCCUCACGGGGCCUGAGUCCGCGGGGGUGUGCAGACGGGAAGGAUGCUGACCCCCUGGAGGAGCAGAUGGCGGAAACGGAGGGAGACGACCUGGAGAAGUUUGAGGGCCAGGAACCGAUCGAGCCCCAGGUGCAGCCGGGGGCCCCCGAGGAGGGGGAGGAAGCGGGCCUGGUGGCCGAGGCCGAGGCCGUGGCCGCCGGCUGGAUGCUCGAUUUCCUCUGCCUCUGUCUUUGCCGAGCCUUCCGUGACGGCCGCUCGGAGGACUUCAGCCGGACCCGCGACAGCGCCGAGGCUAUUAUUCAUGGACUAUCCAGUCUAACAGCUUACCAGUUGAGAACUGUAUACAUAUGUCAGUUUUUGACAAGAAUUGCAGAAGGAAAAACCCUUGAUGCACAGUUUGAAAGUGAUGAACGAAUUACACCCUUGGAAUCAGCCCUGAUGAUUUGGGAUUUAAUUGAAAAGGAAGAUGACAAACUUCAUGAAGAAAUACACAAUUUAAUUAAAGUUCAGGCUAUAGCUGUGUGUAUGGAAAAUGGCAAUUUUAAGGAAGCAGAAGAAGUUUUUGAAAGAAUAUUUGGUGACCAAGAUUCUUACAUGCCUUUAAAAAGGAAAUUGCUUAUGAUAAUCUCUCAGAAAGAUACAUUCCAUUCCUUUUUUCAACACUUGAGCUUCAACCACAUGAUGGAAAAAAUUAAGACUUAUGUGAAUCAUGUGCUAAAUGAAAAGUCAUCAACCUUUCUAAUGAAGGCAGCAGCAAAAGUAGUGGAAAGUAAAAGAACAAGGACAGUAAUUUCUCAAGAUAAAUCUAAUGGUAAUGAUACUGAAAUGGAAACUGAAGCUAAUUUGUAUGCAAGAAAAAGUGUUAGUGACAAACAGUCUGCCGUAACUGAAUCCUUAGAGGGUACAGUAUCCUUAUUGAGAUCUCACAAGAAUCUCUUCUUACCUAAGUUGAAACAUGGAAGCCAGCAACAAGACCUUAAAAAUAAGAAAGAAGAAAGAGUGGGAACUUUUCAAAAUGGAAGAAUGAUAAAAGAGAGAAGAGCCACUGAAAGCAUGAGAAUACAUGUUUCAAAGAAUCAAGCAGAAACUCCUAAGAAACAGCGAUCUAGGAAAAAACAGGCAUGGCUUUGGGAAGAAGACAAGAAUUUGAGAUCUGGCGUGAGGAAAUAUGGAGAGGGAAACUGGUCUAAAAUACUAUUACAUUAUAAAUUCAACAAUCGCACAAGUGUCAUGUUAAAAGACAGAUGGAGGACUAUGAAGAAACUAAAACUGAUUUGCUCAGACAGUGAAGACUGAAUGUGUUUGUAAAGCUUGAUAAAGGGAUAGUUAAAUAUUUUGAUCACUGCAUUCUGUUUCAAACUUGCUGGUCAUUAAAUGUGUCUUAACAUUUUUGUUUAAAGCAUUAUAGUAUUUUUUCUGUGACAGUCAAUAUGAGGGUUUGUGCUAUAAGAGUCAUCAUUGUAUUCUUUAAGAAUCUUUUGAUUUUGAUAAAAUGUAUAUUUGUUGAACCUUGUCACAUGAAAUAUCCCUAUCCUCAAGUCCUGUUCCAAUAAAAAAAAUUAAAAACUGGUAAGAGAAAAAAAUAAUAUUUGUCUUAAUCUGUUCUGUGUCUGUGGGUUGACCUUAACCCUGUAACACACAUAAAAAUGAAUUUUCUAAAAAAAAAAAAAAAAAUGAAUUUUCUAAAUCACUGUAUAAUAGUCCUUUGAUAUGAAAUAAUGACUUGAUUUAUGGCCUUACUAUACCACUUGAUUACUAAGAUAUUUACUAACAGAAUGAUAAAUUUACGAAGUAAUGUAUAAGUAUAGCAUACUUAAGUCUUCCUUAAUAGUUUAUAUAGUUUUCCUUUAAUAGUUUCGUAUAAAGGAAAAAGCUAGAAAAUAGUAAUACCCAUAGGACAAAAUUUGUCCUAUUAACAAGAAGAGCUUUGUGUCUCAUUCAGGAAUAAUUUGACUUUUGUUUCCAGUGUUAACUUUGACAAAGAUGGUGUUGAAUAAAGUUUCUUUAUAACCUGAUGCCAUAAAUACCAGGUUCUCUGAUACCUUCAUUUAAUGUAUCAAUAUUGGGGCUAAAUACUAUUCUGUAAAUGCUUAAAUUGGUAUGAACCAUGAUCAUCUUGACAUCCACAAUAAAUAAUAAGGUUUUAUGUAUCUUACGUACUAGACAAUUUUGAGUUUUCACCAACAUUUUAUUUUUUAGAUUAAACUAACAAUUAUUUAGCAUUUCCAGUUAUAUGUUCUUUGUUUAACAAGUGAGUGAAAACAUUGAAGUGUUUGCAUAAAAACUGAAAUGAUAGUAUUUUGUAAUCUCUAUUCCAUUUCCUAUUAAAGUUUUAUACAUUA